AUGAGCUUCGUGAGUCCAUUGGAUGCAGAAUUGGCCGCGACUCUGGUUACCCAACUGCGUGACAUGCGCGAGCUAGUUGAUGAUACCAAGGAAUUUUGGGCCUUUUGGACCGGUUGGCGCCGGAUUCUUAAGGCUGUGCCGUGCGACUACACAAUGUACAGCAUGGGACGUUUCCAUGGGAAAAAGAAGUACAAAGUCAACUACUUGCCGUUGCACUGUGCUGAUAACGCGCUCGGUAUUCACUCCUACAUUGCAGAACUGGCGACUUGGAUGAAAAAAUCGAAACUCCAGACCACGUUCCAUGAAAUGCGUCAGAAAUGGCUGCAAUUUGCCAAAAACAAAUCUCAAGCUAUUACGAGCGAUCUGCAGCGCCAUACGACCUGUAUGGAAGUGCCACGACAUGUGUUGGAGUACCAAGUCCGGGAUCUCAAGCGACGACUCGAAACGGCUGAAGCGAUCCUCGAAGCACAGGUUUCGAAGCAACGUCGCCUUGCCGCGAAGGUGUACGAUGAAUUUCCAGCACGCCCACACGACUAA